AUGGCGCCCCCAACGUAUGACGACGACGAUUUCGUCGACCAGUACGACGACCUUGGAGAGGAGGAAGACGAACUGAGCCCCGAAGACAAGAUUGCCAUGCAAAAUGGCACAGCAGAAGUGCGCAAGGCUCUUGGGGUGGAAGCAGGCAAAGUCACAGUCGCGCAGAUACAGGAGGCACUAUGGCAUUACUACUACGACAUCGAUAAAUCUGUCGCCUAUUUGACAAAGACCUUCAUUGCGCCAGCUCCAAAACCAGCGCCAAAGAAGGCACCUGAAGACGAUGAAUCACUCGGGCACAAUGCAUACACCACCACCAUUUGCGACAUCCAUCGUCUCGCGUGCGCGUUUCCCAUUAUAGAGAAGCCUCAGAUAUCACCGACUUUUUUCGACGAUAUGCCAUGGUUAGACAUACCGAGGGACCGAGAAACCGUGUUUAUUGAGCCGCUACGCCCUCGGGGUGGGCUUCUGGGAGGUAGCGGUGCUGCUCCUAAGGUGUCUAAGCUUCAAGCCCUGGCUGCGCUGCGGAAGAAAAAGAAUGAGGAGAAGAAAGCUCAAGAAAAAGCCGUCCCGCUAGAAAGCGAAGUGACAAAGCUUUCCAUUUCUGAUACAAACAAAGAAAACAUUGCGCAGGAGAGAGCGACAACAUCAGACAACACAGGCAACUCUCUAGGGGAAGACACCAGCUUGCCAACUAUCACUGAAUACAAACCUGAUGUCGAUAUCAAGUCUGAAGAAGCAAAGCCGGUAAUAGGCCACAGUCAUGCUCCUUCUGCAUUUGCACGGACGCUUUUCGGGUCGGUUUCAGAGGCAGACGAAACGCGCAGGCGGGAUGUUUUCGCAAUGCCCUAUACCCAAUCACCUUCCUUUCUAGCAAACGCUUUCUCCGAACCCAGCCCCGACGAUAUUGUGCUCGCGGCCCGGGCCAAAGCGAAAGCCCCCAAGAAGUCCCAGAAGAGUGAAGAGGCAUCUAAAGAAGCCGGGCUUGCGAGCAGCGUCUCAAGUCUCAAAGUCAGCGACGCCCCACCUCCCAAGAGUAAAGGCCUCGAUGUUCUCAAAGAGUUUGAGCAGAGCGCUAGCAAGAAGAAUGCGAGCUUUGUAGUAGUUGGUCACGUCGAUGCCGGCAAGAGUACAUUAAUGGGCCGACUUCUUCUGGAGCUUAAGCUUGUGGAAGAGCGUACGGUGGAUAAGUACCGCCGGCAGGCUGAGAAAACUGGAAAACAGUCUUUUGCCCUGGCUUGGGUCAUGGACCAGAGAAGCGAGGAAAGAGACCGAGGAGUGACAAUAGACAUCGCCACAAACCAUUUCGAAACCGAAUCAACCAAGUUUACGAUUCUAGAUGCGCCGGGGCAUCGAGACUUUGUACCCAAUAUGAUUGCUGGCGCUAGUCAGGCAGAUUUUGCCAUUCUGGUUAUCGACGCUAAUACCGGAGCUUACGAAAAGGGCUUGAAAGGACAAACGCGAGAGCAUGUUUUGCUUCUACGAAGUUUAGGCGUGCAACGCCUGAUUGUUGCCGUGAACAAGCUCGACAUGGUUGGGUGGUCUCAGGACAGGUUUCAAGAAAUCUCAGAGGAAGUCUCCGGCUUCCUGACAGGUCUGGGAUUCCAGGAAAAGUCUGUAACGUUCAUCCCUAUUUCGGGUUUGAAUGGAGAUAAUAUUGUCAAGAGAACAGAGGAUGCUGCUGGGGCUUGGUACAAGGGCCCUACUUUAAUAGAGGGUCUAGAAGCCUCAGGACCGUCUACUGUGCGAUCUUUGAAGAAACCUUUUCGAAUGGCCAUUUCAGAGAUUUUCCGCUCGCAGCAAGGAACUACAACACUUGCUGGUCGCAUCGAUUCAGGUACGAUUCAGGUUGGAGAUGCUCUGUUGGUGCAGCCUAGCGGGGAAUCAGCGUACAUCAAGUCCAUCAUGCUCGAUACCGAGGCCAAGGAUUGGGCAGUAGCCGGCCAAAACGUCAGCGUUGCGUUGACAAACAUUGAUCCUAUUCACAUCAAGAUUGGUGACAUAAUUUGCCACACGACAGACCCUAUCGCCAUUGGUGACACGUUUACCAUGAAGGCCAUGGCAUUUGAACAUCUGAUGCCCAUGCCAGUGGAUCUCCACCGUGGCAGACUUCACGCAGCAGGCCAGAUUCAAUCAAUAGCGGCUCUGCUUGACAAGGCCACCGGCGAAGUCAUCAAAAAGAAGCCAAAGGUGGUACAGCCCGGAGGAGUUGCUCGUGUCUUGAUCAAGCUGGAGGCAAAGGUUCCUCUGGAGCCCGGACAGCGGGUUGUCAUCAGAAGCGGGGGCGAGACCAUAGCCGCCGGCUUAUUAGAGUAA